AUGAGCUCUGAGAUGAACGGUCCACCCACUCUCCCACGCAGUGUUCUACACAAUUACACCGCCCGCGAUGCCUCCUCAGAGUACUGCGGCUGUCUGAAUGGGGGCUGGUGUCAGGAGGGAGGUGUGUGUGACUGUGCACAGUUCCAGGCCCUCGGAGACCGCUGCCAGAUCAUUCCUAACCAGGGCCAGGACAGAGAUGGGAUCUGCAGGUCUUGGGGUCAGCACCACUAUGAGACGUUCGAUGGCAGCUACUUCUACUACCCUGGAACCUGCUCCUACAUACUGGCCCAGGACUGCCGCUCAGCCACACCACAGUACACUGUGUGGGUCCAUAACAGCCGUGUGUGUGAGGGCAGUGUGUACUCCUGUCCCAGGGCUCUCAGUCUCUUCUUCCCCAACGAGGAGGAGAUCCACAUCUCUGGAUACCAAGUCCACCAGGGGGGCCGCAGGCUGAGCUUGCCCCAGACAAUAGGAGGUGUGUUUAUAGAGCGUCUGGCUGACUACCUUCUGGUGAAGAGUGUGUUUGGCUUCUCUCUGGCGUGGGACGGAGAGAGCGGAGUAUAUCUGAAGAUGUCUGAACAGCACCACGGCACCCCCUGUGGCCUCUGCGGGAACUACAACAACCUGCCCAACGAUGACCUCACCACUGCCCGCGGUGUGCAGACAGAGGAGCCAGCAGUGUUUGCUAACAGCUGGUCAGUAGAUCUGCCCCAUGAGAGAGGCUGCCCUCUGGUGGACAUAGUCUUCACUGGCCCCUGCCACUCUGAGUCUGACAUGGACGAUGCCAUAGAGAAGUGCAGUGCUCUCCUGUUCUUCCCCUUCCUGUCCUGUCAUGAUAACAUUGAUCCAAACCCCUACGUGGCCAGUUGUGUCUCCGACCUCUGUGUGUCUGAUGAUGAGGAGACGUUUUGUCGUGCGUUGGUGGAGUACACACGAGCCUGCAGCCAUGUAGGAUACCCUGUACGAGAGUGGAGAGACAGCUUCCCUUCCUGCAAUGAUGGUUGUGAGGAGAGUUUUGUCCAUAGAGACUGUAUCAGCUGCUGUCCUCCCACCUGUACCUUUGACAAGGAGUGUCUGGGAACCAACUUGCACUGUCUGGACGGAUGCUACUGCCCUGACGGGUUGAUUCUACAGAAUGGGACGUGUAUAGCAGUGUCUCAGUGUCCUUGUGUCUACCACGGCACAUCAUACACACAGGGACACACUCUGGAGCAGGGCUGCAGCGUCUGUGUGUGUAUGGGGGGAGUGUGGAACUGCACAGAGAACAACUGUACAGUGGAGUGUUCAGUAGUAGGUGAUGUGUUUGUGACGUCGUUCGAUGGGAGAAUGUUCCUGCAACCGGGGACGUGUCAGUACGUCUUGGCUAAGAGCCGGAUUGGCAGCAGAUUCACUGUUACCGUUCAGUACACCACCUGCACAGAGGCCCAGCAGCAGGCGUGUAUCCAGUCGGUGACAGUGGUACUGGAUGAAAAUGUUAGUCACCAGGUGACUCUGACCCGAGAGGGGGAGGUGCUUAUAGGGGUCAACCCUGCUCCCACUUUGCCCUACACCGAUGAUGUAGUGGAGGUGCAGAGGCUAACGUCGGUGUUCGUCCAGCUGAGGACCUUGCUUGGACUGCGUCUGCAGUAUGACGGGCGUGGUGGGCGUGUCUACCUACAACUGGACAGCCAAUGGCGCGGGAACACGGUGGGCCUUUGUGGAACCUUCAACGGAAAUCUGCGGGACGACUUCCUUUCUCCAGCAGGCAUGAUAGAGGGGACUCCCCAGCUCCAUGCUAACUCCUGGAGGGUCUCAUCUGCUUGCUCCGCCCCCAUCAACCAGCCAAUCAUCGACCCCUGUGAGAUGAACCAGCACAACGUGUUCUACGCCUCUCUGUGUGAGGUGUUGAUGGGGAGUGUGUUUGCUCCCUGCCAUGGUUACGUCAGUCCUAGUGUGUACCAGCAACAGUGUCGCUACCAGGCCUGUCGCUGUGGAAAUGCCUGUCUGUGUACGGCCCUGGCCCACUACACUUACCUCUGCUCCAAACACCAUGUUGCUGUCAACUACAGGGCCCACGUCUCAGAGUGUGGGGUGGUGUGUAUGGGUGGGAUGCUGUUCCAGUCCUGUGUGUCGUCCUGUGGCCGCUCCUGCCGCUCCCUCUCCAGCGGAGAGACUUGUAACCAUGACGACUGUGCUGAGGGGUGUGGCUGCUCAGAGGGCAGUUACUACGAUGACAUACGACAACGCUGCGUUCAGCCGUCUCAGUGUCAUUGUUACUCUAUUGGCGGGGUGUCCCAGCCAGGGGAGGUGUCCUUCAGCGCCGCCGGACCUUGCCUGUGCACAAAUGGAAGGAUGGAGUGUGUACCAGAAGAAAGAGAGCCGGAGCGAGGCCAGUGUCCGGAGGGAAAGGUGUUCCACGGCUGUUCUGAGCCGCAGGGGGUCCAGGGGGUGGCUGCUUGGCGAGGAGGUGUGGCUUGUGAGCUCACCUGUCGGAACCUGAUGUUGAACCUCACCUGUCCUCCCACCACGCUCUGCAUACCUGGCUGUGUCUGCCCACCUGGGCUGGUGCUGCACCGUGGGGAGUGUUACUACCCAGAGAACUGUCCCUGUGCCUGGCUGGGCCUGGAGUAUCUGCCAGGAGAGACCGUCGACACUCCCUGUUACAGAUGUGUGUGUCACCGGGGGUAUUUUAACUGUAAUUACUCUCCGUGUCCGGCAGUGUGUACGGUCUACAGCGACAGACACUACCACACCUUUGACGGCCUGGAGUAUGACUACCACUCGGACUGUCAGGUCUACCUACUCAAGAGUAUAGAUGGUGAGGUGUCCAUCGUAGCCCAGAAUAAGGAUUGUUAUCAGAGUGGGAUCGUCUGUAUGAAGAUGCUGGUCAUCCAUGUUGGAUUCACCAAGAUUUACUUUGACGACAACUCAGGCCAGCCUAGCCCCUCCAGUGUGGUAGGUAAGGGGUCAGAGUUUGAGCUGUGGUCAGCAGGCUACUACACAGCCAUCCACUUCCCCAAACAGGACCUGACCGUUCUCUGGGAUCGCAAGACGACCGUGCACAUCAGAGCUGGACCAGAGUGGAAGGGUCUCCUGAGUGGUCUGUGUGGGAACUUUGACAGUGUGACGGUGAAUGACAUGACCACGUCCAGUCACAUGGAGGUCAGCAAUGCUCAGGGCUUUGGAGACAGCUGGGCCCUGGGACAGUGUGAGAGUGACUAUGUGGUGAAGAGAGCGUGUGAAGGAGACCUGGGUAGACAGCCAUACGCCAAGAGAGAGUGUGCUCUACUCUACAGUGACGUCUUUACCCCCUGUCACAACGUGGUGGAUGUAUCAUGGUUCUAUAGGAACUGCUUGACAGACACGUGUAACUGUAACCGGGGCGGAGACUGUGAGUGUCUGUGUACGUCCAUCGCUGCCUAUGCACACACCUGCUGUCAACACGGUGUUACUGUGGUCUGGAGAAACCCCUCUGUCUGCCCCUAUGAUUGUGAAUACUACAACCAAGAGUUAGGUGAAGGGCCGUUCUCAGUGGUCAGUGCUAUACAUAACGCGACAGUCUUCGGUGUGAACAGAACCAGUGGGUCAGUGUUUCCUCUAGUUAGGGAGUUCGUAGGCGGGCUGCCUCCCCCCGGACUACUCUUCAACUUCAUGAUCACAGCAGGACUACAGAAGGACCGCACAUCACGUCUCCCGGUGGUCUCUCUGGAGUCAGCAGAGCGUCCUAACUACUUCCUGGUUGUGUCUGGGCGUACUGGGCUGCGGUUGGAGCAGUGGACCCGAGGGGAGGAGUUUGGCCGCAGAGCUUCCUUCCUGCAGCACCAGGGACUGUUCCUGCCUGGCCACACCUCCUUCGAGCUGAUUGGCCAGCCAGGAGUGUUCCUGACUCUGACACGCACGUCUGCACAAGCUCAGAAAUAUGACAACUCUGACAACUUCAAGACCAGCAGCUCCUUUACCCUGGAGGAGAGCAGUUUUGUAAUCCCAUACCGUAUGAUGUGUGAGUGGCGCUACCAUGCAUGCGCCAGUCCGUGUGUCCGUACAUGCAGCGACCCCGCUGCCACACGCUGCCACUUCCUGCCCCCGGUAGAGGGCUGUUUCCCUCGUUGCCCCAAAAACAUGGUUCUUGAUGAGGUCACCAGGAGAUGUGUCUACACAGAGGACUGUGUGUCCCUCCCUCCCACUCCUACACCUUACGCCUUCGUAAACCGAACGACCACCACCCCAACUACUACUACUGUUAGGCCUACUAGUAGCACUACUACAUCUAGGACCACUACUAGGACCACUACUAUUAGUACCAGAACUACAACCAGUGCUGCCUCUACAACUGUUACUGCCACCAGAGCCCCCACUACUCCCAGUACAGCCCAACUGACGGAGAGUUUCACUCCCACCCUCACCCCUCCUCGCUCCCCCUCUCCUCCUCCCCCUUCUCUGCCCGCACCCUCCACCCCCACUGUGACCGAGCACACCCCUUCACCUGCAGUCUCUCCCUCCAUCUCCCCCUCUCCCUCCACCACCAUUACUAGCAGCACCACUGGGGCCACGACCCCGACCUUGACCCCUGCAGCGGUCACUACAGUAACUAUGGAAACAUCAUCCUCUACUCCCCCCAGCCUGGUAGUGACCGAAUCCACCACUCCUCCUCUUCUCUCUCCUGCUUCUCACUCUCCCCCACCUGCUACCCCUCCCCAGCCUUCCACCCAGCCUUCCAGCUCCCCCUCAACUACCUCUGUAUUCCAAGUAGUUUAUGACACCUCCGUUACCAUGUCGACAUCACCCCCCGAGACGAUGGAGUCCAUAACAACGGAAACAGCCACCAGCCCAGACUCCUCUUAUACGCCUGAGGCAGUCAGCAUACCAACAGUGCUGUCCCCCUUCCUCCUACCCACCGCCCCCUGCACACCCCCGUAUUCCUACCGUGUUGAUGAGUGUGCAGAACUGAUCUGUUUUAACGGGGAGUUUCUCCUCCAUAACUCCUCCCUCCACUGUCGGUACAACACCACUCCUCCUCGCUGCUCUCUGCUGGGCAUGGCUGUCCUCACCAACACCGACCCCUGCUGCCCGCUCUGGCAGUGCCCCUGUCGCUGCUCAGUGAUGUCAGACCUGCGUGUGAUAACGUUUGACGGUAACAACGUAGCGCUGUAUGAUAACGGCUCCUACAUCCUGGUCUACCUACCCACAGAGAACAUCAUAGGAACAGUGAACAAAUGCCCUACCAGCCAGAGCGUCAACUCCAUCAGACGACCUAGCCCUAGUGGUGGAACGUCAGGUCUGUGUUUUAAGAACUUGAACAUCACUACUCCCUCCUACAGGAUCAUCAUCAACCGUCUUGACCGCAAGGUGUCAGUGAACCACAUAAAGGCACGGCUGCCUUUCUCCCGUCAGGCCCUGUCAGUAGAGGACACAGGCAGUAUGUACCUGAUCACCACUCCUGGAGGAGUCAACAUACAAUGGUACCACAGCACUGGCAUCAUGGUGCUGCAAUACACCGCCCCCUCCAAUACAUCUGCUCCUACUAGAGGCCUCUGUGGGUGUUGUGACGGGAACCCGGCUGAUGACCUGAAGCUGCCUAACGGUACGGUGGUGAGGGAGGUGGCAGACCUGGGUCUGUUCCUGCAGGCCUGGAGGGUCCACACCUCAGAAGACACGGAACACACACGACGCAUCGGGGACAACUGUACCACUGGAGACUGCUCCACCUGUCUCUCCAUGCUCAGACAGAGACCUUUCACUCCCUGCCACAGCAAGGUGUCUCCAGAGCAGUUCUGUGAUGUGAUGUGGGCAGGCGACCUCCACUAUAAGGCCCACCAGUGUGACUUCCUGGCAGCCUACGUAGCUGUCUGCUACACUUACCAAGUCUGCAUCAACUGGAGACGACACAACUUCUGCCCGUUGAGGUGUCCCCCAGGUAGGGAGUACCAGGCGUGUGUGUCGACCUGUACCACCCGGACCUGUCAGAACAGAGAGUUCUAUGAGGAGACCACCUGCUCCCACAUCAGAGAGGAGUGUGUGUGUCGCUCUGGAACCAUCCUGCACCGAGCAGACUCCACUUACUGCGUCACAGAGGAGCAGUGUGUGUGUACGGAUAACGAGGGGUCUCCGCGGGCCCCUGGGGAGGUGUGGAACGGGUCAUUGCGUGGCUGCUGUCUGUUCCGCUGCAUGGAGAACGGUUCUGUGGUGGCAGUAGAACCUGACUGCAGCUUUAGUCCAGCUCCGCUGUGUGAGAGGGAGGGAGAGUACGUACUGGAUGUCCUGGAAGAGGGGGCCUGCUGUCCCAAGAAGAUCUGUGAGUGUAAUCUGACCAUCUGUGAGAGUGAGGCUCCGCCCUGUGAAAAUGGGAACCGGCUGGUGAUUGGUUACAGUGCCCUGUCCUGCUGCCCAGAGUACCAUUGUGAGUGCGACCCCCAUGCCUGUCCCCCCGUCACCGCUCCUGACUGCAGAGAAGAUCAGUUCCUAGUGGAGGUCCGUGAGGACAACUCCUGCUGUUACUCCUUCCUGUGUGUGUGUGAGUCAUGUAUCGAGCCCGUCCCGUCCUGUUCCGAUGGCGAGAUUCUAGCUGUGAAUCUGAACACCACCAACAGCUGCUGCCCUCAAUACCACUGUGUGUGUGAUGUGAACCUGUGUCCUGAGUCGUCUCUGACCUGCUCUCCUGGCCUGUCUCUGGUCCAAACCACCCUACCUGGACACUGCUGCCCCGACCGCCGCUGUGAAUGCCAGUGUGAGGACAGCUCUCUCCCAGUCUGUCAGGUGGGGGAGGAACAGGUGGAGGUACCAGACAGCAGAAGCACCUGUGGCUGCCCCCGCUACACCUGCAAGAAGGCAGAGGUGUGUGUGUUCCAGGGAGUCACUUUGCUGGGGCAAGGACAGAGCCUUAUUCAGUUCUAUGAAGGAGAGCUGUGUUACACCGUCCACUGUCUGACACACCGUGACACACACACCGGAUACUACGCCAUGGACGUUUCCGCUGUCAACUGCUCUCAGAAGUGUGGCCCGCACCAGCUUUACGUAGCAUCGUCAGAUCCUCAGGUGUGCUGUGGCUCCUGUAAGAACGUCUCCUGUUCCUUCAACAUCGAAAACAGAACCACUGAGGUCUUCACUGCGGGGAGCUCCUGGGUGGAUAACUGUACACGGUAUGACUGUGUGGAGACGGCAGUGGGAACUGUGGUGCUGGCCUCAGGGGUGGUCUGUCCCCCCUUCAACGACACAGAGUGCACUCAGAAUGGGGGCAUGGUCCAGAGCUAUGUGGACGGUUGCUGCAGGACAUGUAAGGAGGACAGUAAGAUGUGUAAGCGUGUAGCAAUCCGAACCACCAUCCGAAAAGACGACUGCAGGAGCAACGCACCGUUGACAGUGUAUUCGUGUGAUGGGAAGUGUCCGUCUGCCACCAUCUUUAACUUCAACAUCAACAGCCACGCCCGCUUCUGUAAGUGCUGCAGAGAGAGUGGACUACAAACCCGCUCCGUCACCCUCUACUGCUCACGCAAUGCUACCCUGGUGGAUUACAGCUUCCAGGAACCUCUAGACUGCUCCUGCCAAUGGAACUAGAGAGAUCUACUGUAGUCCAGGGGUAGGCCACAGGCCGAUUCUUUUGUCGGAGAGGAUGGUCGGGGGCACGGAACAUAAUUACAAUCAUUUGUACACUGUACACAGGUACCUACACACUGAAGAAGGCUGUAAAGCCGAAACGUCUGUGUAUGCUAUCCCUGAUGCAGUAAAAAUUAUUAAAACAUUGAAUAAUUAAGUAAGCUUUAUGUGACAUAUUUUUGAGUGCAAACCCAUUACACCUCUUUGUUUUACGCACCAGCCAAGCUUCUGGGAUAGCGCCAUUGUUCUCUUUUGAUUAGUUACACUGCAAAUUGACCAUAACUAAGCCAAAAAAUAAAUGUUAUAUGAAAAUAACAAUAAUUUCAUACCUUG